GAGAGACAUUCCAAAAAUGGCUGUAUGGUAUUUAGAGAUCUGGGUACCAGCUGCACUGUGCACAUAUUUGCAGAGUCUUCUGUUCACUUAAGAAUGGGCUGUGGACUCAGGAUGCUUUAUCAAAGCAGUGGCUCAGAAGUAGACCGUUGAGUCUCCAGUGAAGCAGAUGAGAAGUGCAAUUGGUCUCAACCAGAUGAACCAGAUACUCUUCGAUCUUUGAGUCCUCUCAUGAUCUUGCAAGGAUACUGUAAAUCCACCUCCCAUCCCAUGGUCACUUCCAAACCAGGGCUGAACGUGCAGUGCGAAAAGGAGAGGACAGAAUGUUCUGGGAGACACACACAGGAUUUCCUCACCACUGCCCUUCAUCAGACUCUGCCAAGUCCCAAGACUUCCCUUGUUCCAGAAACUUGGCCUGAGUUAGGAGGAAACCCCAGAACUGUCCCUUAAAAGUUGAAUUGCAUCAGUGUGGCUCAACAGAUUGUGAUUUCACGAUUUUGCACAUCUGGAUUUUGGCACAGAGCUUCGAUGGAAGACGUCUGUGGCAAAUGUGCCUCGCAGAGAGAGCAGGGCAGCGUGUCAGCUCCUGGUCAGUGAGGAGCCCAGUCCUGUCUGAUCACACGGUGUCACAGAACUUCUCUUACUCUUAUGGCACUGGCAGUGUGGUUUUGCGAGAAAAAUCCCUGUGCUGUCUGGAAUGCUCAACUGUUGGGUACCAGAGUUAGAAAACAUCCUGCCUGCCACGAACGUUAGGAAAACAGAGCAGUCCUGACUCUAGUGCCAAGUGGUUUUUUGGAAGGCUGACUCCCCUGAGAAUAAAGGAUGUUGGUAUCCAGCCAAGAGGGCAGGCAGGAACAGGCCCUGGGCAAGACACUGGAAUGUUGGUGGAGCCUGAAAUAUUGCAUGCGUGUUUGUAUCGGUUUCUGACGUCUGUAUUACAAGGUUUUAUUAAAAAUGCACAGUAAUAAGCAGACUCCAGUCAAAUACUACGUUGGAAUUGAUGUUGGGUCGGCAAGUGUUCGUGCAGCUUUGGUAGAUGGGUUUGGGACAGUAGUGGCACACGCAGAUCAGCCAAUCCAAAUUUGGGAGCCCCAACCAGACCACUACGAGCAAUCCUCUGCGGACAUAUGGGCUGCUUGUUGCUCAGUCACAAAGAAGGUUGUCUGUGGAGUAGAUGCUAGCCAGAUUCGAGGGGUUGGUUUUGAUGCUACGUGUUCCCUUGUUGUUGUGGAUAAACAGUUCCAACCUUUGGCAGUCAACCGUGAAGGACAAAGCUAUAGGAAUGUUAUUAUGUGGAUGGACCAUCGUGCAGUCAGUCAAGUUGAGCGCAUCAAUGCAACGCAGCACAGGGUUCUGAGCUACGUAGGGGGAGUGAUGUCUGUGGAAAUGCAGCCACCUAAAUUGCUGUGGAUAAAAGAAAACUUGAAAGAAUCAUGCUGGGAGAAGGCAGGCUACUUCUUUGACCUUCCGGAUUUCUUAUCUUGGAAAGCCACAGGUGUCACUGCAAGGUCCCUCUGUACGGUAGUGUGCAAGUGGACAUACACUCCAGAUGGAGGUUGGGACGACAGUUUCUGGAAAAUGAUUGGUUUGGAAGAUCUGGUGAAGGAUAAGUAUGAAAAAAUAGGAAACCACGUCUUGUCUCCUGGAGAGUCUGUUGGAAAAGGUCUAACGCCAGACGCUGCAAAAGAUCUUGGUCUCCCUGAAGGGAUUGCAGUAGCAGCAUCUCUCAUUGAUGCACAUGCUGGAGGACUAGGAGUAAUUGGAGCAGAUGUGAAAGGACACAACCUGCCAUGUGAGAACCAGCCAAUUACAUCCCGAGUUGCUAUGAUCUGUGGAACAUCUUCAUGCCACAUGGGGAUCAGUGAAACACCCCUUUUUGUGCCUGGUGUUUGGGGACCUUAUUUCUCUGCAAUGGUACCUGGAUUGUGGUUGAAUGAGGGAGGUCAAAGUGCUACAGGAAGACUGAUAGAUCAUGUGAUCCGAGACCAUGUCGCCUUCCCAGAAUUACAAUCAAAAGCUGCAGCCAGUGCUCACAGUAUAUAUACAUACUUGAACAGUCACCUGGAUCUGAUUAAGAAAUCUUUGCCUGUGGGUUUCCUCACUGUUGAUUUACAUGUUUGGCCAGAUUUCCAUGGUAACAGAUCUCCCUUAACAGAUCUGACACUAAAGGGCAUGGUUGUUGGACUAACAUUGUCUCGGGGUCUGGAUGAACUUGCCCUUAUCUACUUGGCGACGAUUCAAGCCAUUGCUUUAGGAACAAGACAUAUUUUGGAAACUAUGCAGGCUGCAGGGCAUCAUAUCAACACGCUGUUUCUGUGUGGUGGGCUGAGCAAGAACCCUCUCUUCGUGCAGAUGCAUGCUGACAUUACUGGCAAACCUGUUGUCCUGUCCAAAGAAGUGGAGUCUGUUUUGGUGGGUGCUGCUAUUCUUGGAGCUUGUGCUUCUGGAGAUUUUGCAUCUAUACAGGAGGCCAUGGCGAAAAUGGGGAGAAUUGGGAAAGUGGUGCAGCCGAACCACGAGCAUAAAAGAUUUUAUGACAAGAAAUACAAAGUAUUUUUGAAGCUUGUGGAACAUCAGCGAGAGUAUCGCUCCAUCAUGAACAGCUGCUAAUCCAGAGUCACGUAACCUGGGAACAGCAGGGAUAACAAAUAUUCCAGAUAUUUACCAUGAGGGUAAUUUCUUCUUCCUGUACUGUUAAUGGAAAAAAUACGCUUUUAUAAUUUUAAAUGUACAUUUUAACUUUUAACGAGAAAUAAACCACAUUCACUUCACUGUGAAACACUGGGUAUUUUCUGUCAAUAAUCCCUGCACCCCAGGGACAGGGAAUAAUCAUUUGCUCCAGUCAGAGAAGACAAGAGAACCAGCCACGCGUUCCCCAGUGCCGGUAUUCUGACAGGCCACAAGCAGGAACAGCACAAGGAACAAGGUAACUCACUCGGGUGGACCUGAAGCACUGCCCUUUGUGGUGUUUUUCACAGGUAACUACACCUGACAUCCCACAUGGUCCUUUUAAUUUUACUGUCUGUUACAGCUAAGACCCAAACAUGAUUUCCAUUGGAAAGUUUUGUUUGGUUUUUGUUUGGUUUUUUUUGUUGUUGUUGUUUUUACUCUGAUUACAGUACUUCGGUGACUGAUACUUGAGAAUCACUUUUGCAGCUGUGCAGUCUUUUUCUCUCUGUUUUCUUCUGUUUCCUGCUGUCUUUUUUCGGUCUCUGUUUUUGCAGUGCAGUUGUUUUGCUAUCAAUAAUUUGUGCCAUUUUGUCUUUUGGAAAUAACUCGCCCUCAGUGUGCAUUAAUUGCUGUGCAGAUGUGAAACGGCCCACUGUUGACAUUGAAAGACUAGGCUGAGCAGAUGCAGUUGCUGAAAAUAUGUUCAUAAUGCAGGUGCAUUCCUCCUGUCCUGCCAGCUGCCUUGCAGGGAGUCAGCCCUGAAACGGCCCCACACUCCCUGUCCGUUCUCAUCACAUUGCUUAAGCCAGACCCAACUCAGAGCUUGGGUGUCUACGCAGCCGGCCAGCUCAGAGCUGAACUCAGCCACAGCAGGUACAGGGAAUGCAGGGGAGAGAGAAAGGGUUUUCCUUCCUUAGACUUGCAUUUGUCAAGGCUCAGAAACCUUCCUGGCUGCCUUCUGGCCAAGUCUGGUCAACAAAAGGCUUUUACAUGUUCCCGAGUGAUUUUGAAAGCUGCCCUGGUUAGUCCUACAAGGUACUGCCAGGCUCGCAAUGACAGGUCGUGACAUAACGAAGGGGAGAGUAUGGACACUGGUUGUGUACAGCCAAAAUAUGUCACCUCUGCCGGUACAAAUUGUUUGGAUCUUGCAAGAUCCAAACACUGCCAGUGCCUUCAGUGAAAUGCUCUCAGAAAUUCUAACUUUCUAUGCCAUUUGUCUGUUACUUCUUCAUAAAAGAUACUGUUCUGUUUCAAAAGCAAAACCAGGGUCCCCAGCUGAAGGAGAGGAUUAAGAAGUGGGUGACAGAAGAGGAUAUUCAGGUCAACUACAACCCUUCCGAGUCAGUCAUGAGAACCCUUCUUUUCCUCAAGCUGCCACCCUCUUGCUGAGCCUGUCUUAUGCAAGAGAAACAACCUCCAGUUGCUUUCCACAGGGUCGGUAUUCACAGAGAUGGACUCCAGCUUUAUACACUUCGCUUGAGAGAAAUUCCAUUCUUUAGUAUUGGCAUAAGCUGUAAUUCCCAGUUAAAUGCAAACAGAAGUUACACAAUAACAAAAUUACACUUAGAGAACUUGGAAAAAAAAUAGUUUCUGGGGUUUUUUAUGUUGGUAGUCAGCACUCAAAAACAUCUGGUAAUUUUUUUAAAGAAACAAUGCGCUUCCUGCCUUGUAGUUCAUGGAAAAGCAAUUGUUGUCAUUUCCAAAGUACCCAUUGUUAAGAGAAACGGCUUUACAAGUUCAGGGACAUAAUUAAAGACAAUGAAAGUUGAUUGGAAUAAAAUGAAGAAACAUCAUAACAAAGAGUAUAACAAGCAAGAAAACGACUGCAACAUAAUGGUAUAUCAUAGCUUACAAUUCAAGGCCACAGUAAAAUAUGUCAGCUGAAAAUAUGUGGAAAGAAAAAACAGUUGGAGACCAGGGUAUUGUAAACAAUAAAUAUUCAUACACUUUAAUAUAUUUUAAUAUACAAUUCAUAUGUAAAAAUGAAGUCCGCUGACUCCAAAUACAUAGCAAAUGUACAGAUUACACAGGACAGAUGUGUAGGGUUGUCUGGCACUGUACCAGCAUUUUUUAACUCUUUGCAGUUCAACACAGACAUGCACCCACCCACCCCCAACUUGAGCAAACUUCCCAUAAACUUCCUGCUAUUUAUAUCAUCAUCAUAAGAUUGGCCUUGAUCUCUCGGGCUGAACUGGUACCAAGACUUAGAAGGAAAUCACAAGGAGCGUGUGGAGUCUAGAAAGGAAACAAACCAUGGUGCUGGCUUUGUUAAGGCUUAGAUGGGCAGAGGUCAAGGAAGCUGUGUACCUUGCACAGGCUUACAUGGAAGUUACACAGAGAUUUGUUCACAUUUCUUGCAUGAUAUGUUAAUGCUUUUCUUGUCAUACUUCUAUUUUAUAGUUUC